AUGACUCAAAUUCAACCAAUAGCAGCUCGUAUACCUUAUAUGGUUGGAAUUGGUAAUCAUGAAUAUGAUCAUGUUUUGGGUGGAGAUAAAGAUCCAAGUGGUGCAUCAGGUCCUGGAGGAUUUCGACCUAAAUGGGGUAAUUAUGGUUAUGAUUCAGGUGGUGAAUGUGCUAUUCCAAUGAUUCAUCGUUUUAAUUCUCCAUCUAAUGGAAAUAGUCUUUUUUGGUAUAGUUUUGAUGUUGGUCCAAUUCAUAUUAUUUAUUAUUCAACAGAACAUGAUUUUCGUCAUACAUCACCACAAUAUAAAUGGAUUGAACAAGAUCUUCGUUCAGUAAAUCGUUCACGUACUCCAUGGAUUAUUGUUGGUUCACAUAGACCAAUGUAUGCAUCAGAAACCGACGAACCACAUGAUUUUAUUAAAAUAAUGUUACAAUUUUAUUUGGAACCAUUAUUCUAUCAAUAUCAUGUUGAUCUUAAUCUAUUUGCACAUAAACAUUCAUAUGAACGAACAUGUCCUAUGUAUAAACAAGAAUGUGUUUAUGAUGGUAUAACACAUGUUUUAAUUGGUAUGGCUGGACAAGAUAUAGAUUCUGGUGAAUAUUCUGGUGCAGAAUGGAGUAUCUAUCAUGAUCAACAAUAUGGAUAUUGUCAAUUAUGGGCAAAUCGAACAUUUUUACAUUUUAAAUAUUAUCAUAAUGAUAAUGAUGCACUUAUUGAUCAAUUUAUACUUCAAAAAUAG